UAUAUAUCCAUAAUAUUGUUUUAUAGUAUAAUUGUGAGUUUAAAAGAGAUGCAAUUUUCAGAUGAUAAUGCAGUACAAUGGCCAGCAUUUUCUCCAGCAUGUCAACAUGUACCAACAUCACCUCCAUUAUCUAGGUGUUGUUUUUCUCCACCACCAUAUGUUCCUGAUAUUGAUAUGAAAAAGACAAUAUGGCAGAAAAAAAUUCAAGUCAGUUAUGAGGCUUCACCAUCAAUCAAUAAUUCAGUUGUUCCUCAAAGAGAAAUGGCUGAUCAACUUUUAUCAACACCAAGUUUAUCUAAUUUGUAUAAAGAAAUAGUAUUUUCAAAAACACCUUCGUCAGAACAAGUUGUUCCUAAUUGCUCCCCAUUUGUUGCUGUUGAUGAGGCAAAAAGUAAGGUUGAAGUUAAAGAAAUACCUGAUGACGAAAAGCCACCUAUAAGUUACGCCUUACGACGUAAGAACAGAACCUUAGAUUCUCCUGAAUCCCCGGAUGUUAAAGAGCUUCAGCUUUUUGAUGAGGAGCAGAUAUUUGCAUAGAUUUUUAAGCAAUGUCAAAUAUUAUGGUUAUUGAAACUGAUCCGUUUUUAAAUGGUAUAUGUUGGAAAUUUUAAAUAAGAUUUUAUUUAGCAGUUAUGUAAUAUAUUUUACUACUAUUUAUAGAUAUAUUUAUUAAAAUUAUAUAAUAUAUCCUAGUAUAUGCAAAAAAUUUAAUGUUUUUAAAGAUGUUCUUUUUUGAUUUUUUUUUUUUUUUUUUUGUUGUUGUUGUUGUUGUUGAUUUUUUUGUUCCACUAAUUAGUAGUGCGAUUUUAUAGUUUUGUUUUUUAGUUUAUUUUGCGACAUCUGUUGUUUGUGAUGUGAAAUGUACAUAUUGUAUUUAUAAAUGAGAUUUUAUAGAAAAUGUUUUUGACUUUUAAGGACAAAAAAGAUCUCUUCUUUUA